AUUUAUUUAACGCGGGCAUAAACACUGAUCAACAAUGAGUUGGAAUAAGCGAAAUACUAGUCACAUAUCAAUUUACAACUACCCGGAACAUUUAAAUCCCUUCUACGAAGAUGAUAACCACAAACGCCUUCGAUUUUGGGGGUUUAGCAAAAAAAAGAACGAAAAUGGCAGGCAUAGUUUGUCUAUCGGAAACUUGCAAGAGUUGUGGAAAUCAUAUUCUUUUCGUAAAAAGAAGUCUUCAACGCUAGGAAUAAAUAAAACAUCAGAGAGCCCGCCGACCCUAAGACGAGAUUUAAAUGAUAAUUCCUAUUUGAAUUCUAGAGUUUUUCGAGGUGACCGUCACACAUCCCUUCAAGAUAUCGGUGCUAGAAGAGAGUCUGAUUCAAUCUCCAAUGCGACAUUCUUUAAUCGCAAUGAUCGGUACAGAAGCACUACGCAGUUUUCUGGAUAUUCCUCGCCAAAUCAACAGAACCUAAGGCUAUCUCAAUCUAGUCUUGCAAGCUCAAAUCCUUUCGAAUCGCAACCGGAUUCGUGUCCUAGCUCCCCGAUGAGUAGUAGAAGAUAUCGGAAGAAGAGGAGAGCUCCGCCGCCGCCAAAACUAGUGGUCCAGGACUACCUAGCUACCAAAGACAUCGAGUCUCUUGCCUCUGAAAUUGACGAGUUUGUUAACAACAGAAAAGAAUCUUUAAUAAAACAAGAAGUUCGAGAGGAACUACCGAAAGCAAAUCAACCUGCAACGAUCUCCGAUAGCGAACUUAACCCCAGCACGUCCAAAGCACCACAAAGCAUUGAUAUAAAGCAAUCCAAUGGAAUAAUCACAAUCAUUGAAAAGGAAAAGGUCACUACCUCUGACUCUAAAACCAAAAUUAAUACCCGCACUUCCCCAAAACCAGAAUGCAAUGGCACAGUACACAUAAUACAGUCCAAUGAACCUAAAAUACCGUGCACAUCCACUGAGGGGCAAAAGGUCACUUUCUCUAACAAUGAUAGCCAAAUCAAACCCAGCAGUUCCAAAACACCUGAGUGUGUUGCCAGCAUUCAUAUUAACCAAUCCUCUGAACACAUAACAGUAUGCUCCGAACAAAAACCAAAUAACGAUUUUGUCAUUCAACUCGAUGAAAAGAAAGUUAACAAAAAGCAAAACGGCACCAUACCUGUUUACAUCAGAGAGGAGCCCUUAGUUAUUAAGGACAUUUCAAAUGAGGCAGAUAUUCCAAAUAAUACAGAAAUUUUGAAGCAAUCAGUCAUUUUGGUAGAUUCUAAAGACUCUAUUAGCCCUAGCACUUCCAAAACACAACAGUCUGUUGUCUAUAAUAAUGUCAAACCAACCAAUGAUUCUGAAAAUGCGAGCGCAGAUCUGGAGCCAAGUGAUAGCCCAUAUGUAGAAGAUAGAAAAACGAAUUCAUUUGGCACGGUCAAGCAAAUUUCUCAGAUCUUUGAAGAGAACAUUAGUUCCAGUGGUCCUAUCAGUCUUCCAAAAAGAAAUGUGGAAGAAAUACCAAACGUAAACGGUGCAAAAUCAAAGAUUAAUGAAAACCACCUUGUUUCAAAUGUAGUUCAACCAAACCCAGCUGAAACUACCGAAGUUUUACAAAUAAGAGAAGAGUUUGAUCUGGAAAGUGAUUUAAGAAUUGGAGAAAGGUUUAGAAACGAUCGCUUCCGGUCUUCAAUCUCAGCUGAACGGGAAUCAAAUGCUACACCAACACCGCGGAUGAGGAAGAAGAAGUCCAUUAAGGAAGUGCUAGAAUCUAUAAGUCGAAAUCAGAAGAUUUUAAGUGAAAGUGCAGCCAAGGGCACAAAAGUCUAUUUAACACCCUCCUAUGCGGAAAAUAGAUACAACUAUCCCAAUGAGUUAAAUAACGUAAAUAAUAGAUCUUCCAAGGAAGUGACGUCUACCAAUAUUUCUGUUAGUACCUCGGAUACCAAUGAAUUACCAUCCCAAAAUAAUUUGUUUAUAAGCAAGAUAAGCAAAUUCAAGGGUCAGUUCAGGGAGUCAUCUCCUACUUCAUCAAACUUGGACUGGAACCCAUUGCCUAAACCAAGUCGAGCUCAUAAUUCAGCUAGUUCUAGUUUCAACAACGGCUCGUGUUAACGAGUUAAAUUAAUUAUGCGCUAAACAAACAUAUUUAUAUUACUGUAAUAAUAUUACACCAAAACCAAAUCUAUACGCAAUAAAAUAAAAAAAUGUACUUAUU